AUGCUAGAUCAUCUCAGCUGGGAGCAGGCGCAGGAUGGACAGGAUAUGGUAGUGGGAGAGAAGGCUAAACUUAUGGCGGGCAAUUAUAGAGUAGAGGCUCUGAAGAAGCGCCUGCGGCUUUUAGGUUGCGGCAAGGAAGAGCGAUGGUGGAUUUGCGACAUUUACAACAAAGCGACCUUGUCGUCUUCAGAUAAUACACUUUUCCAGGGCCCAAAGACAGAGGUAGAGCGGCAAAUGCUAGAACACCUUGGGCUAAGUGGUCGAGUCAAAUUUCCAGUGAGGCGACUAGGCACUCUAUGGAGGAAUCAGAAUUGGAAGCAAAUGAUUACAAGAUGGUGCGAAUUCUUGCUUGGCCAGGCAACAUUUAACAUUUCUACAUUUGAAUGGAUGGCGAGCUGCAGGAUUGACGAUUUCUGGUUCACCACGUUCCACUCUGUAAUUAACUCAAUAUCUCAAAUACGCAGUGAAUUCAGCAUUGACGUCCAGUCUAGUGACUGGAUUCAGUUGGCAAGUCUCCCGCAACAAAACCUUUUCUUGACAGCUGGCGACGACGUAUACGAUAACCUAGGCUUUGCGGACGUCCACUCCCUCCUUAAGACCACGAAGCAGGAGGGGAAGGUAAUGAGCAUUGUCAUGUCCCAUGUUUGCCAAUGGCUAAACCGUGAUCCUGCAAGAGUCGGCGAGCGUGACAACAACAAGCCUCUCCUACGCAAGGAUUUCCUGCCAGCUUUGCGGGAGAAGUGCGGCGAUGAUGCGGAGAAGCAGUCUAUAAAACUCCAGGAGCGUCUUUUGGGGUACGUCAGAGACAAAAUGAGCGAUUUCACCAGCCCAGGAAUGGAGCAUUACCUACACGAGUACCCAGACAAUGCCAGGGAUGCUUAUGCUAAACGGUUCGAGCAUCAGGCAUGGAGAGACAUGCUGAUUCUUGUUGUUGAUUCAACACUAAGGAUCCUAGGGAGAUAA